AUGAAUCAACAAAUUGUCCUGCCUCACCACACUGACAGCCACUGUUUCGAUGAUUUGACACAUCAAAGAGAAAGACCAGACUCAGAGGAACCAGAGCCAGGGACGUCCAAACCAGCAAGAAGACACCAGUGUUCCCACUGUGGAAAGGGUUGUAACCACUUAAAUGAGCUUAAACGACGUGAGAGAAUACACACAGGGGAGAAGCCUUACCACUGCUCCCAGUGUGGAAAGGGUUUUAACGAUUUGGGAAAGCUGAAACGACACGGGAGAAUACACACAGGGGAUACGCCUUACCACUGCUCCCAGUGUGGAAGGCGUUUUAACGAUUUGGGGAAGCUGGAACGACAUGAGAGAAUACACAGAGGGGAGAAGCCUUACCACUGCUCCCAGUGUGGAAAGGGUUGUAACGAUUUGGGGAAGCUGAAACGACAUGAGAGAAUACACACAGGGGAGAAGCCUUACCAUUGCUCCCACUGUGGAAAGCGUUUUAACGAUAUGGGCAAGGUGAAACGACAUGAGAGAAUACACACAGGGGAGAAGCCUUACCAUUGCUCCCACUGUGGAAAGUGUUUCAACCAGUUAGGGACCCUGAAACAGCACAAGGUAAUACACACAGGGGAAAAUCGUUACCACUGCUCCCAGUGUGGAAAGGGUUUUAACGAUUUGGGGAAGCUGAAACGACAUGAGAGAAUACACACAGGGGAGAAGCCUUACCAUUGCUCGCAAUGUGAAAAGAUGUAUAGCGAGAAAGGACACCUGAAAGCCCAUGAGAAAAUUCACACAGGGGAGAAGCCUUACCAAUGCUCCCAGUGUGGAAAGUGUUUCACCUGGGCAGGGUAUCUGAAAAAACACGAAAGAAUACACACAGGGGAGAAGCCUUACCACUGCCUCCAGUGUGGCAAGUGUUUCAACGGGGAAGGGGAUCUGAAAAGACACGAAAGAAUACAUACAGGAGAGAAGCCUUACCACUGCUCCCGCUGUGUCAAGUGUUUUAACCAGUUAGGGGCCCUGAAACAGCACGAGAGAAUACACACAGGGGAGAAGCCUUACCACUGCUCCCAGUGUGGCAAGUGUUUCAACCAGUUAGGGACCCUGAAACAGCACAAGAUAAUACACACAGGGGAGAUGCAUUACCACUCCUCCCAGGAUGCAAAGCUUUUGCCCAUUAGCCCUUCCUCCCUCCCGGAGUCCCCGUGUCGUACCUCUCCCAGUAGCGGCUUACUGCUGGAUAUGAAGAGGUUGUCUGUGCUGCUGGUGGACUGCAGGAAAACAACGGGGCUGAGUGGAACUGUGAGAGGACGACAAGAGAAGAAAGGAUCAGAUUUGACACAUCAAAGAGAAAGACCAGACUCAGAGGAACCAGAGCCAGGGAUGUCCAAACCAGCAAGAAGACACCAGUGCUCUUACUGUGGAAAGGGUUGUAAAUGGUUAGGGGCCCUGAAACUACAUGAGAGAAUACACACAGGGGAGAAGCCUUACCACUGCUCGCAGUGUGGCAAGUGUUUUAACCAGUCAGGGACCCUGAAACAACAUGAGAGAAUACACACAGGGGAGAAGCCUUACCACUGCUCGCAGUGUGGCAAGUGUUUCAACCGGUCAGGACACCUGAAAGCUCACGAGCUAGUACACACAGGGGAGAAGCCGUACCAUUGCUCCCAGUGUGGCAAGUGUUUUAACCAGUUAGGGAGCCUGAAACAACAUGAGCUAGUACACACAGGUGAGAAGCCUCACCACUGCUCCCAGUGUGGCAAGUGGUUCAGCCAGUCAGGGGAUCUGAAAAAACACAAAAGAAUACACACAGAGAAGCCUUACCACUGCUCGCAGUGUGGCAAGUGUUUUAACCAGUUAGGGACCCUGAAACAACAUGAGCUAGGACACACAGGUGAGAAGCCUUACCACUGCUCCCAGUGUGCCAAGUGUUUUAACCAGUUAUGGACCCUGAAACAACAUGAGCUAGUACACACAGGUGAGAAGCCUCACCACUGCUCCCAGUGUGCCAAGUGUUUCAGCCAGUCACGUUAUCUGAAAAAACACGAAAGAAUACACACAGGUGAGAAGCCGUACCACUGCUCCCAGUGUGCCAAGUGUUUCAGCCAGUCACGUUAUCUGAAAAAACACGAAAAAAUACACACAGGGGAGAAGCUGUACCAAUGCUCCCAGUGUGGAAAAUGUUUCAGCAGGUCAGGACACCUGGAAGCUCAUGAGCUAGUACACACAGGGGAGAAGCCUUACCACUGCUCCCAGUGUGCCAAGUGUUUCAACCAGUCAGGGGAUCUGAAAAAACACGAAAGAAUACACACAGGGGAGAUGCCGUACCACUGCUCCCAGUGUGGCAAGUGUUUCAACCAGUCAGGGGAUCUGAAAAAACACGAAAGAAUACACACCGGGGAGAAGCCUUACCACUGCUCCCACUGUGGAAAGUGUUUCAACCAGUCAGGGGUUCUGAAAAAACACGAAAGAAUACACACAGGGGAGAAGCCUUUCUACUGCUCCCAGUGUGGCAAGUGUUUUAACCAGUCAGGGAACCUGAAACAACAUGAGAGAAUACACGCAGAGAAGCCUUACCACUGCUCCCAGUGUGGAAGGAGUUUUUACCAGAAAAACAGCCUGAACCAACAUGAGAAAAUACACAGAGGGGAGAUGCAUUACCACUCCUCCCAGGGUGCAAAGCUUUUGAGGGGAGAAAGACCAGACUCAGAGGAACCAGAGCCAGGGACGUCCAAACCAGCAAGAAGACACCAGUGUUCCCACUGUGGAAAGGGUUGUAACCACUUAAAUGAGCUUAAACGACACGGGAGAAUACACACAGGGGAUACGCCUUACCACUGCUCCCAGUGUGGAAGGCGUUUUAACGAUUUGGGGAAGCUGGAACGACAUGAGAGAAUACACAGAGGGGAGAAGCCUUACCACUGCUCCCAGUGUGGAAAGGGUUGUAACGAUUUGGGGAAGCUGAAACGACAUGAGAGAAUACACACAGGGGAGAAGCCUUACCAUUGCUCCCACUGUGGAAAGCGUUUUAACGAUUUGGGCAAGGUGAAACGACAUGAGAGAAUACACACAGGGGAGAAGCCUUACCAUUGUUCCCACUGUGGAAAGUGUUUCAACCAGUUAGGGACCCUGAAACAGCACAAGGUAAUACACACAGGGGAAAAUCGUUACCGCUGCUCCCAGUGUGGAAAGGGUUUUAACGAUUUGGGGAAGCUGAAACGACAUGAGAGAAUACACACAGGGGAGAAGCCUUACCAUUGCUCGCAAUGUGAAAAGAUGUAUAGCGAGAAAGGACACCUGAAAGCCCAUGAGAAAAUUCACACAGGGGAGAAGCCUUACCAAUGCUCCCAGUGUGGAAAGUGUUUCACCUGGGCAGGGUAUCUGAAAAAACACGAAAGAAUACACAAAGGGGAGAAGCCUUACCACUGCUCCCAGUGUGGCAAGUGUUUCAGCGGGGAAGGGGAUCUGAAAAGACACGAAAGAAUACAUACAGGAGAGAAGCCUUACCACUGCUCCCGCUGUGUCAAGUGUUUUAACCAGUUAGGGGCCCUGAAACAGCACGAGAGAAUACACACAGGGGAGAAGCCUUACCACUGCUCCCAGUGUGGCAAGUGUUUCAACCAGUUAGGGACCCUGAAACAGCACAAGAUAAUACACACAGGGGAGAUGCAUUACCACUCCUCCCAGGAUGCAAAGCUUUUGCCCAUUUAGGAAGCCUGAAAUAACAUGAGACACAGAGGAGAAGGCUUACAGAAGGUUCGAUUUUGGGAAAACAUAUUACUCAUAACAAUCACUUAAACGUCAUUAGAGAAUCCACACAGGAGAGAGAAAUUACUUCUCUUAGCAUGUAUAUUGAUAUUUCACAUCUCAUUGACUCACAACUCAUCAGAGAACAUACACAGUGCUCCCAUUGUCUUAUAUUCUUGCCUUAUAAUGUGUUGACCUGUUUUUACCAGAUGAAAUUGCUUCUUCCAAUUAUUGAUAAACAUGUACCUGUUAAGAAACUGACUGUUAGAUAUGUUAAGGCUCAUGGAUUGAUAUUGAAUUUAAAAACUGUAUGUUUGAAAGAGUUGGGGCAAAAGGAGUGGCUAAUAAGUAUGGCUGCACAUCUGGCUGGCUUACGUACUGCAAACUGAGAAAUUAUGUGACCAAACUCAAUCAAAAUAAUAAACUUAUUAAGAAGCCAAGAUCAAUGAUAUAAAGAAUGAUGGAAAAAAACAUAAUGAAAGAAAAGCAGUGCAAGUAUUGAAUUUUGUAAAGUUAGUGUGGGACAGGUGGAACAAUUGUUAUCGAUCCAAUAAUGACAAACCUCCUGGCAUUGACAACUUAGAUGGAAAGCUACUGAGGACAGUAGCUGACUCUAUAGCCACUCCUAUCUGACAUAUUUUUAAUAUGAGCCUAGAGGAAGGUCUUUGUUCUCAGGCCUGGAGGGAAGCCCAAUUAAUCCACUACCCAAGAGUGGUAAAGCGGCAUUUACUGGUUCUAACAGCAGACCUAUAAGCUUGCUGCCAGCUCUUAGCAAACUGUUGGGAAAAAAUGUGUUUUACCAAAUACAAUGCUAUUUCUCUGUAAACAAAUGAACAACAGACUUUCAGCAUGCUUACAGAGAACGGCACUCAACAUAUACUGCACUGACACAAAUGACUGAUGAUUGGUUGAGUGAAAUUGAUAACAAGAAGAUUGUGGGAGCUCUAUUGUUAGAUUUCAGUGCAGCCUUUGAU